UAGGGAAGUGAAAAUGUCAGGCAGCGUUAGUCAUCCUCCCUCGUCCCGAGUCCGUGGCUUCUCUGGUGCUUUGUUAGAAAAUGCCUGAAGGCUCCGUCCCCCGGUAAGGACAGGGACCCAGCAGGAGGCCGGCGGGACCCCGGGUGAAAUGUCCUCACGGCCAUGGCUUAAAAACUUCACCCUGACAUUAGAUGUAGCCAUGUUAGCCAUCCGGGCUUCAGAGGAGGAGUCCGUGGAGAUGGAGGAGAUGGACACCUCGGAGCCCAACUGGUGCUGGUUUUACCUGGCGGAGUGUGGCGUGUGGCACAUGUUCGAGGUUGACCCCAGUGCGGCGUGCUCUGUGACCAGUGCUCAGAUUGAGCAGUGCUACAGCAGGAACCAACGCGGUGUGAUGGAGUUCUACACGGCCAAGUACACCUACAGACUGGACUUUGCAGUGAUGCGACAGAUCAAUGUGACAACAGGGAAGCAGCGGCCAAUCAAACGCUCCCUCCACUCUGCGACUGGCUUCAGGUUUAUUUGUGAUAAUCUUGCUUUGCCUGUCCCCUGUCACUGGGAGAGAAUAAACACAGACGAGCCCUAUCAGCUCAUCCAGCUCGGCAGAGACACGUAUGAGUUCAAAGAAGUCGCCAGAUUGUACGAAAAGACAAUGGACCAUCCAAUCAAAUCCAUCCAGAGGAUUCAGAACCUGGACCUGUGGGAGUUCUUCUGCAGGAAGAAAACGCAGUUGCGAAAGGUCAAACGUACGCUGGAUAUCGAGGAGCAAAUGUUGUUUCACGGCACCGGACGCAGCAACGUACAAGCGAUAUGCAAGUUCAACUUCGACUGGCGGCUGACAGGAAGCCACGGCGACGUCUACGGCAAAGGGAGCUAUUUUGCACGGCAUGCCAAAUACUCCAGUAAGUACUGUCACACCACGGUGACGCACAACAACAUCCUGAAGAGGCAUGGAUUCGCCCCGCCGAUAUUCGCGAGCGAGCCGGCCUACAAGACCAUGUUCCUGGCCAGAGUGCUUGUGGGCGAGUACACGGUCGGCCAUCCCAUGUACUGCAGGCCGCCCUCCAAGGACGCCUGCUUCACCAACUUUUUCGACAGCUGCGUGGACGACAUGGCCAACCCAAAGAUUUAUGUCAUUUUCGACAGCAAUCAGAUUUACCCGGAGUACCUGAUUGAGUUCUACUGACACCGAACCCGUUCAUUUGAUUUUACAGAGGCUGGAUCUCAAAUCAUCAAAAUAUAUACGACACAGAGUCUGGACGACGAGAUGAAACAGGAAAAAAGAAGCAGUUUAAAGGACGUUUUACUUUUUCUUUCAGUCGGAUCCAGUGCCUGACUGGAGCAUGAGUCAUCUAUUAAAGUGCCUUUGGGAGAAACUGCAGAGACAAUAAAGACUUUGUGUACAGUUUGUAUACUGAACAGUCUAAGAUAAGACAGUACCUAGUUGAUAGAACUUUUCUGUGACAUAAAAAAAAAGAAUGAAAAGUUAAGGUCAGUGUUUAUGGCAAUUGUUUGUUUUUUUUAACUAAAAGGCAGAAUCUGUGCUCCGCUUGUGCAAAUAUCUGUUGUUUAAAGUAAGAGAGGCAGCCUGUUGGUUAGAGGUGACGUCCUGCCGCCGGCUACAGCCCUUCCAUUACAUCCACAGUGCCACAUAUGAGCGUAUUCAUGUAGACAUGAUUCCAAAUGACCAAACCAAAACCUACAACACGUUCCUGCUCACUCUUGUAACAUUGUUGCGUGUCAUCGACAUCUGUGUGUUGCUAGUACAGAGUAUUACGUACACACAGAUCUAUUUUUACUUUGUUUUUAGUCAUAAAAACACUUCUACCUCUUGAUUCUUUUUUUUUUUACCCAUGCAUCAGUGCACUUUCCCCCCUUUCCAUGAAAGGUUUUUGUAAUUGUGUCACAAUGACAUAAAGUUGUGAUGUCAUGCACACUCGUUGUCCUCUUCUCUCAACAAGUGCCAGUGACGAUUGAAUAUGGUAAAAAAGACAAGUUCCCGAGAUCAGUUUUUCGCAUCGCGUUGUGUGACAUCAUCAUCUUUCUUUGAGGGACGAGCAAGAAAUCUUUGCACCCUGUGUAAAUGUAUUUAAGAAAAGAUACCACAGCCAGCACAUGUAUAGUACUCUAAAGAAAAAUAACCACACAAUGUAAUGUUGCUUUGCUCUGUGUAUUUGUUGAGCACUUUGUAUGAUUGUGUGAGCUGUCGAACAGCUGGAACAAUAAACAGAUUCAGAUUGUGCGUUUACUGAAACAGUUUGAGAAAAGCUACAGCAUUUCCUUAUUGUAAUUGCAGGAAAGUGACAUCUUAAGUCUUUACACUUAAAGCUGUGUGCGUGAGGCUACAUGUGUGUCUGUAAUUUGCACAUGUUUGAACUAAUAAACUUUUCAGCAUUAAA